GGCUGCUGCUGCUGCUGCUGCUGCUGCUGCUGCUCAUCACCACCGAUGCCGGCGGCGAGGAAGUGGUUUGGGGAAGGAGGCGGGAGCGAAGGGGCAGCGGCGCGCUCCGGAGACCGGGCUACGCGGCUGAGGCAGCCCGAGCCGAGCCGGGGAGCCGCGGCAGAAGCCAGCCAGCCGGCGGGCCCGGGAAGCCGAGCAGGGGCCAGCUGAGAGAGCCAGGAGCGGAAAGAGAAGCUGCUGGGUCGACCCUUUGCAGCCCGGAAUAGGGUCCUCCUCCUCCUGGGGCUGCCGGACUGAGCUGCGAUCCGUCGCCUUCCUGGAGGGAGCGACUGAAAUCGCCGAGACUGAGGAUCCACGCGCAGAACUUGCGGGGCUUUGCUCGGCUCCGGAAGAGUCUGGUUUUCCGAGGGAUCCCUCUCGCUCUCUCGCCUUCUAACCCCGGAUCGCGUCAGGAGGAGCCUUCCCUCCUUCCUCCGCGCAACUAUCCCGGCUGAGCACAGAACCAGAGAAAAGUCCCAGGCUUUCAAGACCAGCAUUAGGAUGGUUCCUCCCCCACCCAUUAACAAGCCCCACGUCUGCCUCUCCACUACACUCAUCAUGAGCAGUAUGGUGCUGAUGGAUGCCUACCUGGUAGAACAGAACCAGGGCUCCAGAAAGCUGGGGAUCUGCAUCAUGGUAUCAGUGGGGGACAUCUGCUUCCUGGUUAUGCUCAGGUAUGUGGCAGUAUGGGUUGGGGCUGAGGUGAGGACAGCCAAGCGAGGCUAUGCCAUGAUCCUUUGGUUCCUGUAUGUCUUUGUGCUGGAGAUCAAAGUCUACUUCAUCUACCAGAACUACAAAGCAGAUCGUAAAAGCUUGGACCUCAUUGCCCGCAAGGCCUUGACCCUUCUGCUGUCCAUCUGCAUCCCAGCCCUCUAUGUACUGCUGGUGGCCACAGAGCACAUGGAGUAUGUCAGGACGUUCAAGAAGAAAGAGGACCUGCGCAACCGUCUUUUCUGGGUCAUUGUUGACAUGCUGGAUGUGCUGGAUAUCCAGGCCAAUCUCUGGGAGCCCCAGAAGAAAGGGUUGCCCAUCUGGGCUGAAGGCCUGAUGUUCUUCUACUGCUACAUCUUGCUACUGGUCCUCCCUUGUGUCUCACUGUGUGAGAUUAGCAUGCAAGGAAUCAGUAUCAUGCCACACCGUAUGAUGCUUUACCCAAUGCUGAGUAUGCUCACCAUCAACAUCACCACCAUCUUCAUUAGGGGAAGCAACAUGGUGUUCUUCAGAGAUAUCCGGGUCUCUGGCAUCUUCAUGGGGAAGAACGUCCUGGCCAUUGUACUCAAAGUCUGCAUGUUUGUGCAGUACAAGAAACACCUGCACUAUGUACCAGCAGGAUCCGUCACAACAGAGCCUCAGCACAAUUCCACUUCCCAGCCACAGCCUGUCAUGCAUCUACUGAAGCCUCAGAACCAGACUCCCUCUCCCGAGGGGCUAGCCCAAGAAAACACAUGACAUGCUUUGUUCUUUGUGUGCACCUGCCAAGUGAUGAGUAACACUUUUGUCUGUGAUCAUUCAGGGUUCAAAUGCAGAGGAACAGAGUCUACGAGCUACAUGUAGCCAAUACAGGCCUCUUCAGAGACUCUGCAAGUGACCUCCCUUUUCCUUUGCACAAAUGUGCACUAGCUGUGCCCUGGAAUUACCCUGGGCUGGAAAAGAACCCUUCCAUAGUGGCACAAAAUUGAAUCCAAUCUUGGCCCGAGUGAGGAAGCUAACAGGCUAUAGAAACUCAUGGGCAGGUCCCUGGAUAGUAGCAGCCACAGGACUGGUUGUUGACUCAACAGCUGCUCCUUCAUUUGUCUCUUGGGUACUUAUUUCUAUAAUCGAAGCACUCUGGAACAUAUUCUGUUGCCUGGGGUAUAUUUGCUUCUGGGAUUUUCAAAUGCCUCAGGAGAUUCCCUCCUUCCCAAUUUGGGAAAGGGAAACAACUAUUCGGCAACUAUUGUAUACAUAAUUUUCUAGUUUGGGGGGUAACCUUCCUUUCUGGACUGGUUAAAAAAACACUGCCCUUGCUGACCGCUAUCCUUAAGUUCCUCGGAAGUUCAGGGAUGCUUGGAUGAGGCUCUGUGGUUUCCAUCGGUUUCAGAGCCACCUUGUCCGCCCCCCCGCCCCCCAGUGGAAACAUGCUGGGCCAUGAUCCCUGUUUUACUGAAGCAUUUCUCUUUCCAAUAAAAUGAAGGUGAAGCCUUGAGGUUUCCCAGUGUCUCUGUGUGCAGCUGCUUUGCCAGCAUUUUUCAGUGAUCAAGACAGAGUCUCCGUCUACUGCUCUCCAGGUGGGUAAGAAGGAUAUAGGCACAGUGGCAGGAAACAGAGUGAGAUGAAAAAUGGCUUCAUCUUUUUUUAUCCUAGGAUUGCGUACUGCUCAAUUUUGAAUCUGUUCUAAUAAUUCCUGUUACAAUUUAAAAUUAUACUGUAAAUUUCGACGUGCAUCGAUCAGAGGCUGAAGAAGGCCAGGUUUUCUUAUGAAAUAAAGGAGGAGGCAUGGUCUUUCUUCUCAAGUGGCAUUCCCAGUCUGUCAGUGCCCUUUUAAGAUGGCUGAGACAGCUGAAACUGUGUCUGAACUCAGGGCUAAAACAGAGGAUAAGUUUUGCCACAUGUUCCCCUCACCCAACUGUGACUCUCUCUCAGCCACAUGGCAGCUCUGGAGAACUGUUCCCAGGCAUUGUUCCCAAACCCAAAUUUCAUCUGUACCAUGGCAAAGAGGAAGAAAGGCCUUCAGCCUCCCUCCCCCUGCCAUUCUCUCUACCCAAAAUGGCCCGGAGGGUUACUAUUUACCUCAUUGGAAGUCUGCAUGUUUAGUUAGUGUGCACCCAUUGGGUGCACCUCCAACUUGUGGCAAAAGGUAUCUUCUCAUUUGACCUCCAAAGCAGAAAGGAGAUGAGCUUAUUCUGGUGGUCCCCUCUACCUGGCUAAUGUAUCCUACGGUUUUCAAUCUAUGUCAGAUGAGGAGUGCCUCAGAAGGACAGGGCUCCUGCAUUUUCUUCACACAUAUUUUUAUUGAUUUUUUAAAAAAAAAGUGUGCUCCAAAUUGGAUUCUUGGCAUGUCUCCUCACUAAAAUCAAUUGAAUUUUCCUCUA